AUGAAUAAGAAGCUUUACCAUGCACUGAUGAAACAAGAGAACAAUCAAGUUUUACGACUCUGUCGUGGACUGGAAUCAGGGCCAUUGCAUAUAUUAACUGUGCACGAUGACACAGUCCUCCAUGUGGCUGCCUACUCUAAACGAACAGAUUUGGCUCUCCAUGCACUAAAGCAUCGUAAUGAUAUGGGGAAUACCAUUAUUCAUGAAAUAACUACUUUUGGCAGAGUUGAUUCAGCUGCACAGAUAAUAUUGGAUAGAGAACCUGAUUUAUUUGGUAUGCACAAUAAGACUGGAGAGACUGCUCUAUUUCGUGUUAUUCGUUAUGGGAAAGCAGUCAUGUUUGAUUUUCUUGAUCAACAAGUGAAUCAAUUUUUUUUUUCUGUUUAUGAACGCGAGGCUUGUUAUUAUAAACUUGGUGGAGCAACAAUUCUUCAUGCUGAUGUACGCUCUGAACACUUUGGUUUGGCCCUAUCAAUUGCUAAAAAGUAUGAAUAUUUAGUUAAUGAACAACAUGCAGAUAGAAUGACUGCUCUUCAACUUCUUGCGUGCAACUGA